AUUGUGAAACCCGAGAGCCAAAAGCGCCCCUUUAAUCGCAGUUGAAUUUUGUUUCAUUGUUAUUGAUUAAACUUUUCUUGGCAACUGGAAGUUUUCGUUUUUAAUAGAAAACUAGAAACUCCUCGGAAAUAACAAGUGUCAGAUUGUGGGCAAAAUUAUUUAACAUUUUCGUCCAUUAAGAAAGAAAUGGACGUGACAGAAUACGGAUGUAAUGAGAAUACUAAUAUAAAGGAUGAUGAUAGCGUUGUGUCUGAAAAGUGUUGGCAAGAAACCUACAGAGGAGAUAGCAGAAAAUGGCUCAUAAGAGACGGAUCCAGGAAAAAAUCGGAUGCACGUUUAAAAUCCACAAUGAAAGCGACAUAUCCGUACCCUUUCCAAGAAGAGAGACAGUAUGUAGGUGAAAGGAGGGCGCGAAUCAUGAAGCAGUUGUACGACGAAGCGGCUGAGGAAAUAAUUCGUGAGCGAAACGAACCUCCACCGGUUGAAAAAUACUGCACGGAAUACGACGGCAAUUACAACAGUAACAUUGAAGUGAAGAAGCCUGAACACGAGGAGGAAACCAAGAAACAGUUGUAUGAGAAAUAUCCGUUAUACACUUCUCCAGCGAUGUCGUAUUGGAAUUUCCAAAUAGAGAAGUUUCAAAGAGGGAACGCUUCUUUCCCCGGACUUACGACGUCUGCUGACCUGAAGAAUCCCUUUAAGCGAUAUUCUAGAUUUACGAAACCUAUAUCUGAAGUUCUGGAUGAGUGCAACUUGUGACUGUUUUAUCUGUUUUCUCCGGUUUUGGGUGUUUGUAGAAAUUUGCAAUAAAACCAGUCAAUUUUAAUCAUU